CAAGCUGUUGACAACAUCUAUAGCUCCUCUCUCUCUCUCUCUCUCUCUCUCUCUGUACUAAACUUCAAUUUCCCAAAUAAAUUAAUCAUACAAAUACAAAACCCAGUAACCUCUCCUCUCUCCUCAAUUCUCCUCACCAAACAACAAAAGUUAGAACCCAACAGCUCUCUCUCUCUCUCUCUCUAUUUAGCUUCCUCUGUUGAAGAUCUCAAAUGGGCAUCUCUCAAGAGGAUAGAAAAAUGGAAGGGUGGUUGUAUCUCAUUCGAUCCAAUCGAUUGGGGCUGCAGUUUUCAAGGAAGAGAUACUUUGUUCUUGAAGAAAACUCCCUCAAUUGCUAUAAAAAUAUACCCACUUCCAGAGAACAGGAUCCUAUAAGGAGUGCGCUUAUUGAUUCCUGUAUACGUGUCACUGACAAUGGGAGAGAGAGCAUCAAUAGAAGCGUUUUCUUUAUUUUCACAUUGUAUAAUGCUUCUAAUCACAACGAUCAACUUAAGUUAGGUGCAAGAAGCCCUGAAGAAGCUGCUGGAUGGAUUCGAUCCUUAAUGGAAGCAGCAUUAAAGGAGUGUCCAAUCAAAGGAGAAAAUGUUGUGGCUUGUUCCAAAAGGAGAUGGCAGAGUUUUAGGUUGAGCCGUUCUAAAGGAAGAAGUCGUAUGCACUCCAUAGAUUGGACUGCCUUCUCAUCAGUACACACAGAUCCAAUGACAUCUGAUGUCAUUGCACCUUCCCCAUGGACAAUAUUUGGCUGCAAAAAUGGCUUAAGGUUGUUUAAGGAGUCCAAGGAUGGAGAUUUUGGCGGGAAGCCUUGGGAUGAUCAUCCAGCUAUAAUGGCAGUAGGUGUAGUUGAUGCAACUUCAGAGGCCAUUUUCCAGACUGUGAUGUCGCUCGGUCCAUCAAGAUCCGAAUGGGACUUCUGCUUUUCUCAGGGAAGAGUAGUUGAACAUCUAGAUGGUCAUACUGACAUUAUUCACAAAAAACUUAAUGGGGAGUGGUUACCUUGGGGCAUGAGAAGAAGAGAUUUACUUUUACGGCGUUAUUGGAGGAGGGAAGAUGACGGAACAUAUGUGAUACUUUACCAUUCUGUAUUCCAUCAAAGAUGUCAACCUGAGAGAGGCUAUGUCCGUGCCUGCCUUAAAAGCGGAGGCUAUGUUAUAUCCCCUGUGAACCAAGGAAAACAGUCAGUUGUUAAGCACAUGCUUGCAAUUGAUUGGAAAUUUUGGAAAUCUUAUUUGUUUACCUCGUCAGCAAAAUAUAUAACAAUUCGGAUGCUUGCAAGAGUUGCGGCUCUGAGAGAAUUGUUUCGAGCAAAACUUGGAAAUUGUCCAGCUUCUGAUUUCUCAUCGGGUGAAUUGACGAGGGAGAGAUUGCAAAAAAUUGUGAAGGAGGACAUAAAGGAAGAAGUGCAAUCUGUUGGUGAGACUAGCAUGAGUUUAGAUUCCACAGAAGAGCCACAAAAAUAUCUUAUGAGAACAAGCACAGGUGGAUCAUUCAUUCAACUGAAUGAUCCCGCUGAUGAAUUCUUUGAUUUUCCUGACGAGUCAGAUUACGAAGAACAUGAAACUAUGCGGCCUUCUUCUGAGGAACAACGCCAACCUAAGCUGUCAGCAGCUGCAGGGUUUGUAAAAAGAUUGCACGAUCUUGCAGUUCAAAAGAGAGGUUAUGUUGAUUUGCAGGAGGCUUCAUUGCUGGAUUCCGCCUCAUGUAGCUAUGGAGCCACACUUCGAAAGGACCCAAGUUGUUCUGUGGGUUGCAGUUGGACGACUUCAGAUCCUUCAACAUUUUUGAUCCGUAGUGAAACCUACUUACAAAACCAGCAUAAGAUCAAAGCCAAUGGCACUCUGAUGAAAAUGGUAGGCGCUGAUUGGCUAAAAUCUGAUAAGCGGGAAGAUGAUCUUGCUGGGAGACCCGGGGGCAUUGUUCAGAAAUACGCAGCACAAGGAGGCAAUGAGUUUUUCUUCAUCGUGAACAUACAGGUCCCAGGUUCAACCACAUAUAGUCUUGCUUUAUAUUAUAUGAUGGACACCCCGAUGGAAAAUGUUCCCCUAUUACGAAGCUUCGUUGAAGGAGAUGAUGCGUUUAGAAAUUCAAGGUUUAAGCUCAUUCCUUACAUCUCAACGGGAUCUUGGAUAGUGAAGCAAAGUGUGGGAAAGAAAGCAUGUUUGGUGGGUCAAGCACUUGAAAUAAAUUACUUUCGCGGGAAGAACUACUUGGAGCUAGGUGUGGAUAUCGGUUCAUCGACGGUUGCUAGGGGAGUAGUGAGUCUUGUACUUGGUUACUUGACUAACCUGGUGAUAGAAAUGGCAUUUCUGGUUCAGGGAAAUACCGAGGAAGAGCUCCCUGAAUUCCUCCUCGGAACCUGCCGCUUGAACCACCUUGAUGCUGCCAAAGCAGUAUCAAUACCACCAUGGUGACCUUAAGCAGAGUUAUUUUCCGAUGAUACCAGUCGUUCGAAGAUCGAAAGGGGGAUUUAUGUAUAUUUUCAGAAGAGAUGCUUCACUGAAUGUAAAUAUUAUUGCCUUUUGAUGAGUUACCACAAUUCUUUCAUUAUAAGAAAAGACCAAAUUAAAGGGAUUCAGGCAAAAGGGGUUUGUGGAUUAUGGUGAGAUUGUUAUGUUUUACCUCCACAUGUAAUUUUAACCGUUGUCAAAAUUAAAUCAAGUUGGCGUAAACAGUGGAGGAAAUUUAACCAUUAUAUAUUUGGACUGUUAACUUCAAGGUGGUGAGAGAUCAACUCUCUUGAAGUAGUACCCCAUGUAUAAAAGUUACUUUCAAGGAUAUAGAGAUUUAAGCUGGUGAUAAACUGAGCCACACUCUUUUUGAGUUUCUCUGUACUUGUUUAAGGUGUAAGAUUAUUGGAGCCUAGGCAAAUUUUGAGUUUA